AUGCUUGAACGGGGCCAAAGAUUGCGAGCACGGGAUUGGUUGAAAUAUACAAUAAUGACCAAUCAAAGUGCAGAUCGGGCAGUUUCAUCAAAAUCUUUGGCUGCCGCACGCGACCGACCAAUGCUACCUUCCGACGACGAUGACUUCCUCAAGGAGACCAUCGACCCGAAGCUCGAUAUGAACUCGGUCGAAUUCAAUGCAACCGCCUACUUGGCUGCCAAGCACGCGGAUACCAAGUAUGCGGGUCUCGUCGCCGAGCUCGAGACGCUCAAGCGGUCCACUUCUGACAAGACUGAGCAACUCAAAGCUCUCGUGGCUUCGCAUUUCGACCAAUACCUUUCCUGCCACGAAGCGAUUCGCGAGGUCUCCGAUGAGAUUCGAGCCCACGAGUCCGACAGCGAGCGCCUCACGACUGCAUUUCGAAGCCUCAAAUCAACUGCCGACAAAACGCUCUCGUUGAUGCUGCAACGCUGCGAAGAGCAGCGCAAGACGCGCCACGCGCUCGCCGUCCUCGCUCGGUAUCGGUCGUUCUUUGAGAUCCCUGCUCGCAUGCGUGCGAGUUUGGCCAAGAAGGACUACGUCAAGCUUGUCGAAGAUUACGUCCACUUGAAGGCGCAUGCUGGAAAAGCCAACAUGUCGCUUCUCAAGCCUGUCCUCGAAUCUGCGACCAAGACGGCGACGACGGCCAACGACGAGCUUCUCCACGUCCUUCGCGACCCGGACGCUGUCUACGCCGACCAAAAACAAGCGAUUUACGUCGUCGACGCCUUCGGGAUCACGCCCAAACCCAGUCUCUUAUGCGUCAAGACGCAGCUUGCUGACAUGGAGCGCAUCCUCACCAGUCUCAGCGGCCCCGUGGUACCCAUCGACUCGAAAACGCGCAGUAUCAAGCCCAAGGACACGCGGUCGGCGCCCGCCGCCGUCGUCGCCCGCUCGAGCGCCGAGAUCAUCGCCGACUGCGGGCGCCUCUUGCGUCGCUUCGAGCGAGGUCUCUGGCCCAUUCUCUGCGACACGAUGGCCCUCUCGACCCUGUGCGCCACCGAGCAAGAAGCACUGCACACGUCGGCGGCCGACGUCCUCGCGACGUGUGUGCGGCACUUGCGCGAGCAAACGCUCUACACGACCAACGUCUCGGCCGAGAUGGUGGCCUCCUUGCACACAAUCUCUUUGGACCUCGACAGUCUUGGGCCGUGCCCCGACUCGGUCCUUACUGCCAAGCUCGACGCGCUCAAGGCUGCGUUCUGCGGCCAAGUCCGCUCGGACGUCCUUCUCGCCUUCUUUACCGCAGUGACGCACGCCGCCGAGUCGCGCUGGAGCACGUCUGUCGAGAUGCAUGGCGCGGCGUGGGCGGCCGCGGCAGCGGCAUUGCACGACUCGAUACAAUAUGCAGCGCAGAACGACCGCCCCGACGUACUGGAAGCCGCCGCCGGUGUGUUUGACAACACGCUCUUCGAGUGGUGGUGCACGCUGCAGCCCGUGCUGACGCAAGCGCUUGAAACCAACCUCGCGCUUGAUGACGCGAUGCACGCUGCGUUCUGUGCCACGCUGCUGCAAAGCGUCGUCGCCCACGGACAGACGCUGCUGUCGCUCUUUGGGACGCUUCUGAGCGCGGAUGUCUUGGUCGAUGACGCGCCAACGUCGCUCGCGAGCCUCGUGGUCGUCGCCAACUGCCUUGCGGUGCCGCGUCGCGCUGGGUUUCUUGCGUUUCUGAACGCACUGCAGGACACCAAGGUCGACGUCCGCAGCCUCUCGCUAUCGAGUACGAUCCUCGAGUGUGGCAAGCGCUUCCACGACAGCCGGGUCGCGCUACUGUGUGCGACCCUCGACGACGAAGAGAGCUUUUAUGUACCCGGGAGUCGCACCGAAGUGCGCCCGUACGUCUUCUCAGUGCUCUAUUACCUCGUGUCGUGGCGCAGUCACGUCGAAUUCUGCAUCCGCUCGGACACGGAGCGCCACGUGCACAGUCUCCUCUCCCAGUGCGCCGACACGCUCCAGCACUUUCUCGCGGGCCGCGCCGAGGACGCCACCCGUUGCGCAUCCAGCGACGAGGCCCAGUGGCAGCGCACGCAGCUCCAUGUCGAAGCCAGCUUUUUCAAGAAGACGCUCGCCGCGUUUGUCUCGACAAAGGCGACAGCGUGGGACUCGCUGAUCAAGCGCCUCGCGUCGCACACGUCGAGCGGCGAGGUCGCGGACCUCUUGAGCCAAGUCGAGCUCCAGACGCAAAUGUACCGGCUGAGCUUGAUGCAGUAA